AUGACAGUUUGUGAGUACCACGACAAGUUCACUCAGUUGUCGCGGUAUUGCCCGAAUGAGGUGGAGAACGAUGAAGACAAGCAAGAUCACUUCCUGGAAGGUUUGAAUGAUGGCCUGUCCUACAUGAUGUCAAAUGUCAAGCAUGCCAGCUUCCAGGAGAUGGUAGACAGGGCGUUGGUGCUUGAAAGCAAGCACCGCAAGAUGGAAGACAAGAAGAGGAAGUAUAAUUCCUCUCAGCAGCAGCGCCCCGCUAGUCAGGCGCCUCGUCAGAAUGCCCCAGCACCAUCAGGCUCUCGCCAGAACUCCAACACUGUCCCAGUGAAGCCCAACGCCAACCCCACCCACACUGGAAAUACCUGCUUCAAGUGUGGUCAGCUUGGACACUACGUGAAUGCGUGCCCCCAGAGGCAGAAGAAUAACAACAACAAUGGAAUGGUGAAUCAUGUGAAGCUGAAAACUGCAGAGGAGGCUCCAGAUGUGUUCAAGAAAUGCCUGAGGGUGCCUGAGGAACAGUUGCCACUAGAGGAACUAGAUUUGCAGGAUGAUCUAACUUAUGAAGAGAGUCCUAUCAAAGUCCUGGACACAGCAGAUCAGGAUGUCUUCGCGGAACCGCACCGGCUGGGGCCUUUGCCUGGCCUUCUCGAGACGAGACACGCCGACGCGGCGAGCUCCCACCCGCCGCCCAUGGCACCACCGCCGCCCGGCCUGCGCUCGCCCCCGGUCUGGCGCGCGGUCCACCGUGGAACGCGGCUCAGCCCCCCCCCCCCCGCGCGGCCGGUCCACGUGGACCCGGCCCAGGCAGCCGCCUCGCCCGCUCCCGCAGGCGCGGUCCACCAUGGACCGCGGCCCCCUGCCCCGCGCCCCGGUCCACAGCACAGUGCCGUGGACCGGCCACUCCCGCGCCGCCACGUGGCCAGGCCGGCCACGGCCCCGCGCGCCCCUGCUGCUUUUGCAGAAAAGCCCUCGGGCUUAUUUAAAAUUAACCCGCAGUCCUGCUCAGUUUAA